GCGCGGCGGCGGGCGGGGGGAGGACUGCCGGCGGGGCCGGAGAGGGCGGCGGCGGGGCCCGGGGGGACUGCGGCCUCCCCGGGGCACCUCGGUGCCUGCGGCGGGGCGUGUCCCUGCACCCAGGGGUGCCCUCACGCCCAUGGGCUACUCGCUGCUCAUGGGGUGCCCCCUGCACCCAAGGGUGCCUCGCCACCUGCAGGGUGCCCCCAGCACACAGGGUGCCUCCCUGCCCGUGGGCUGCCCCCUGCUGACUGCCUGGAGUGCCCCCCUGCACCCGGGGGUGCCUUGCCGCCCAUGGUGUGCUCCCGCUCCCGUGGGGGGCCCCCUGCACCCAGGGUUUUUUCUGCACCCAGGGGUGCCUCACUGCCUGCAGCGUGCUCCCUACACCCAGGGUGCCCCCCUGUUCAUAGGGUGCCCCCCUGCACCCAGGAUGCCUCAUUGCCCAUGGGGUGCACAUGUCACUGCACCCCAGUCACUGCCUGCGGGGUGCCCUCCUUGCACCCCAGGCUGCACCCUCACCCCUGGGUGCCAGUGUCCCCACAGCCUGGGCGUACCACAGGGCCAUGCAGUCCCAUGCCACCCCAGACUCGCCGCCGGCCGCCCAGGCACACGCAGGGCUAUUUUUGGGCCAUAGCGUGGCCCAGCAGUGCCAGGGGCCCCACGUCACGGGGGCGGCCAGGCCCUGCCGCCUCGGCAUCGCUCUCAUUCCAGCCGGCGCGUGGGGAGCAGCAGCACGGCCUGACCCAGCACCGCACAGCCGAUCCCCCGGCUUGCAGACAGGGAGAGAUGGCUGGUGGCAUUUUCUCCCCACUGGGGAGCUGCUCGGAGCUGGAGAAGGCCAACUGUCACCCACUGGUCUGCCUGCUCUGUCACGAGCCCUACCAGCACCCCUGCCUGCUUGACUGCUACCACAACUUCUGCGCCAGCUGCCUGCGGGGCCGCGCCAGCGACGGCCGCCUGCACUGCCCACUCUGCGGGCACCCCUCGGUGGUGAGGGGGGGCACAGGAUUGCCCCCCGUGGACCGGCUCCUGCAGUUCCUGGUGGACAGCUCGGCUGACAGUGAGGAAGAUGUGCAGUGUGCCAACUGCGACCGGCGCUGCGCCAAGGCGGAGCUGGACACCAUGUACUUCUGCAACACCUGUGGGCAGCCCCUCUGUGCCCCGUGCCGCGAGGAGACCCACCGUGCCAAGAUGUUUGCCCGCCACGAGAUAGUCUCCCUCUCCAAGCGCACCAAAGACAUCCACAAGAAGUGCUCGCUGCAUGAGGAGCCCUACAUCAUGUUCUCCACUGAGAAGAAGUCCAUGCUCUGCAUCAACUGCUUCAGGGACAUGCAGGGGGAGAGCCGGGCACACUGCAUCGACAUUGAGACAGCGUACAUGCAGGGCUGCCAGCGGCUGGACCAGGCAGUGAUGGCUGUGAAGGAGCUGCAGACCUCCACCCGCGAAGCCAUCGUCCUCCUCAAGGCCAUGAUCGAGGAGGUGCGCAACAGUGCCAGCGAGGAGGAGGCGGCCAUCAACUCCCUCUUUGGCCGCAUGCAGGAGCAGCUCUCCGAGAGGAAGAAGGCGCUUCUGAAAGCCGUGCAGAGCCAGCAUGAGGAGAAGGAGAAGGCGUUCAAGGAGCAGCUCGCCCACCUUGCCUCCUUGCUGCCCACCCUGCAGGUCCACCUGGUGACCUGCUCGGCAUUCCUGAGCUCCGCCAACAAAGCAGAGUUUCUGGACCUGGGCUACCAACUGAUGGAGAGGCUGCAGAGGAUCGUCAAGCUGCCACACCGCCUGCGGCCGGCCCAGACCAGCAAGAUCAACAGCGAGUACCGGGCAGAGUUUGCCCGCUGCCUGGAGCCCCUGCUGAUGCUCAGCCCACGCCGCUCCGUGGUCAGCAGCGCCAGCGGCAUCGGUGCUGGCAUCGCUGGCACAAACAUGCUCCCUGGCGGCCAAUGCUCCAAGACCCUCAUGGUGCCCGGCUGCCCCGCUGCUGGCGAUAAAAUGUCUGCUGGCCCCAUGGUGCGGAAACCAACGAUGCACCGGUACAUCAGCACCAAGGUCCUGCUGGCCGAGGGGCGCGAGACCCCCUUUGCCGAGCACUGCCGCAACUAUGAGAACACCUACCGGAUGCUGCAGACAGAGAUUCAGGGCCUGAAGGACCAGGUGCAGGAACUGCACCGUGACCUCACCAAGCACCACUCACUCAUCAAGACGGAGAUUAUGAGUGAGAUCCUGCAGAAGUCCUUGCAGAUGGAUGUGCAGAUUGCGGCUCACUACUCUGCUGUGGAGAUGAUGCGCAGCGUCUUCGAGGAGAUCUGGGAGGAGACGUACCAGCGGGUGGCAAAUGAGCAGGAGAUCUACGAAGCCCAGCUCCACGACCUGCUGCAGCUGCGGCAGGAGAACAGCUGCCUGACCACCAUCACCAAGCAGAUCGCGCCAUACGUCCGCUCCAUUGCCAAGGUGAAGGAGCGGCUGGAGCCUAGGCUGCAGGAGCCCCGGGAGCCCAAGGAGGAACAGACACAGAUGCUGCUCAAGAUCUGCGAUGACAGCGAAGCAGUGCCAAGGGAUGUAUUACCUGGCAGCAAGGAGGGGGCUCUGGCCAGCCCUGGGGAGGGCUGCGUGCCCAGUAGCACCCCUGGAGACCCCUCCCCAAAGAGCAAAGACUGCUGCAAGGGCCAGCAGAAAAGCGGGGCCGAGAGCACCACCCAGAAAGAGCUCGCACCGUAGAGCCCGCCACCAAGCAAGCACACAGAGCCACAGAAGCCAUGCCCUGGUUGUCAACCAGCUCCUCUUGCCUCGUGCCAUGAGCAAAGGCAGGAACACACAGCCCGGGCACAGUGUAUCAAAAGCCUGCCUUAGGAAGACUUUGUUAGUCUGAAAAAAAUAAUUGCCUUCAUACUCUCCCGCUCGUGUGGUAAAGUGAAAUAAAAGGGCGCAAGUGUAUGUGUCCGCUUGGUUCUGUGGCUCUGGACAAAACAGGCCUGCCAGCUUCAGGUGCCCAGCCCUCCUAAAACCACAACGCUGGCAAACAGGGGGGGAAAACCCAACCCUGGCUGGGCAGAGCCAGGAUCUUGGUGCAUCCUGCGAAGCGCCGACAGGCAGCAGAACACAAAUGCAGGCAGGGUGGAGGGCUCUGCUCCUUGCGC